UUACUUUACUAGUCGAUGUCGCGAGGAGGAGAAUCCUGGGGGCAGGUGAAUCAGUGCUGUAGUAUGGGGUGUUGUAUGGGGAAUUUAUUGGUUGAUUUUACUGUUGCAUUGUAUAGAAAGAGGGAGUUCUGUUCUCUUGAGCUUAGCUUUCGGCCAUCAUGACGCUCACCAUCUCAGCACAUAUCAUCAGUGUCUGAUGUGUAGCUCCUGGACACAAACACACACACACUGUGCAGCACCGUCUCACAGGGCAUCUGUGAUGUGUAGCAGCACAGCUGGAGCGAAUGAGCCACCCUAUCCCAGAUAUCUUAGGUGACUGACCCAAAAACAGGCCUCAGUGCCUCGGUGUCCCCACAUAUCCACAGCUCUUCAUCGCCUGCCUGUGUGGCAUCACAUUUAUCUCUUGCAUUUCUUUCUCAGUCCUCAGUUGUGUUGCAUUUGAGCCGAUGACUCAAUUGCCCGGCCGUCCUGAUGGAGCGUUGGACACUGCUUAUACCGUUCCUCCACCUUAUCCUGCAUGUGAGCAGCAACUCAGCAUUUACUCCUCGGACUGUGGAUGUGAAAGGCACUGUUACCCUACCAUGUAAAGGGGCUGUAAGCAAGGACACUCCUCCCCAGGAGUAUGACGUCAAAUGGGUGACUGAGAAAAACAUCCUGGUCGCACACUACCAGCAGGGGAAGCUCACAGCGGGAGAUUGGUUCAAGGGCAGAGUCAACAUCUCCGAGGAUGACAUCAGGUUUGGAAACUUCUCCCUCAGGAUCAGCCCAGUGGAAUACAGUGAUGGAGAUCUUUAUAUGUGCUUCUCGAGGGGAGAACAUCUUGGUGACGUCAAACUAGAGGUUUUUGUGCCCACAGAUGUAUCUGCACGGCUUGGGGAACCUGCCACUCUCCCUUGUUAUGUCCCGGUGGAUAAAACGCAAAGGAGCAACACUGAUACUGUUCACUGGGAGAAAGAUGGACAGACUGUCCUACUCCUUCAGUCUGGGUCAUCCAAUAAAAGCUCUGGAUUUGAGAACAGAUAUAGCAUGUCAGUAGACAAGGUUAGAUUUGGUGACCUGUCUCUGACAAUCUCUAAAGUGCGUUAUUCAGAUCAAGGAACCUAUCAAUGCUUCAGCACAGAGAAAACUGUAAAGCCUGAUAUAAUCAACCUCAUUAUUGAAGCCCACUACAACAGCACCUCCCUCCAAAGUGGUCAGUCCCUCUGGCUGCAGCUCUACAGCUCAGAACCAGUGAGGGUUGUGUUCCAGCCCAAUGAAAACUCGUCCACUGUACCUGUGUGCACAGUGAAGGGAGAGUCAGCAGACUGUGUGCCUCAAUACCAGCACAGAGUGUCCAUCCAGAACACAGCUCUCAAACUGGACUCAGUCACGCCCCUUGACAAUGGUGUGUACAGAGUCAUAGACCACAAGACCAAGAAGAACAUCUCUGUCAAGGUCCUUCAUACAGACCCUCCAGCUACUGCAGGAAUCACAUGGCCAGGGGUGCUGCUGGGGGUGCUGCUGGGGGUUCUGGGGGUUCUGGGGGUUCUGGGGGUCAAGGUGGAGGGGGUGAAGAGAUGCUUCCGCCGUCCCCAGAUGCAGCCAGUCUCACAGCGCAACAUAGCGGAGGACUCUGAGUCUCUGAGAGAGAUGGCGUCCCUGGCACCUAGUCAGCCUGUGCAGGAGAAUGGAGAAGAGGAGCAGCUGAGAGCCCCCGUCUGCGAGAGCGGAGACACUGAAGACAAGCACGGCCCUCUGCCCUGGAAUGAUAGCUCUCAUUGUGAGAAAGUUUGGGCACCUCAACCUAAAACCCCACCCAUGAGCAGUGACACCCCACACUGA